CUGUCCCCUCCUGCACACACCAUGGUUUCUUUGGCCGAGCUGCCCCACCACUCGCUCUGACUGCAGAUGCUGUGGCCCACCACUGGGAGAAGAGCUUGCUGUAGUGUAGAAGAUCGGGGCCCAUCGGCUUUAAGGAAGGGAACACAAAUUAGGAAGAAAAUUGUAGAGCUUGACUUUAAACUUGGAUGUUGGCUAACUCACAGUAGAGGCGACCCCAGCCUGUGACAUAGCAGGGUUGGUUGUGGGUGAGGGUGUCCUCCUGCUUUGGUAGGCAAGCCAGCUGCACCUUAUCAUUGAUGACAGCACUCUGCUCCAGUUUAAGUAAGGCAAUGUCAUUCCUAGGAAAAGGAAUGUUUUUUAAAACCUGCAGAAAUCCACAUGUGGUUUUCAAAGGGGAUGACAACGUUACCCGCAAGACACGCAGUUGUCAUUCCAUUUUGGAUGAAUAAGCAUCUUCUCAACCCGAAUUGACUGUUCAGGUCCCUCAACCAAGCUCAUGUCAUGCUCAGCCAAGAACACUCGGUAUGUGUGGAACCUGCAAGAAUCACCCAAGUUAGUGCUGACCACGUUUAUGUGAAUGUUUCAGAGGAAGCUCACGUGAUGCAGUGUGCAGCAGUUAAGACCCAGUUUGGAGCUAUUAAGGUUCCUCCACAGGUUGGAUAGAAGGACUCCAGAGACACCUGCCACGGCCAACUGUACGGACGAGCUUCAACGCCAUUUACCACACGGCCGGUGUGGGGCUCGUAGCUGGGGACCCCGCAACUGGACACUUCGGGCAGAUGAGUCAAAGGUCGCUAGCCGUGGGCCACCAGUACACUUCGCUGGGAACACAACCCAUCCUCUGCAGUAGCAUCCCAGGGCUGGUUCCCAAACAGCUGCGAUUUUGCCGGAACUACGUGGAGAUCAUGCCCAGCGUGGCAGAAGGAGUGAAGAUCGGCAUCCAGGAGUGCCAACACCAGUUCAGAGGCCGACGCUGGAACUGCACCACCGUCAAUGACAAUCUAGCCAUUUUCGGGCCAGUGUUGGAUAAAGCCACCCGAGAGUCAGCGUUUGUCCACGCCAUCGCCUCGGCCGGAGUAGCCUUCGCUGUGACCAGAGCCUGCGCAGAAGGGUCGGCAACCAUCUGCGGCUGCGACACACGUCACAAGGGCCCCCCCGGGGAAGGAUGGAAGUGGGGAGGCUGUAGUGAAGACGUGGAUUUUGGGAGCAUGGUGUCUAGAGAGUUUGCAGAUGCCAGGGAGAACCGGCCAGACGCACGAUCAGCAAUGAAUCGCCAUAACAACGAGGCAGGACGCACGUCCCUCAAUGACAACAUCUUCCUGAAGUGUAAAUGCCAUGGACUCUCUGGCAGCUGUGAGGUGAAGACGUGCUGGUGGUCCCAGCCGGACUUUAGGGUGAUUGGCGACUACAUGAAGGACAAAUACGACAGCGCUUCAGAGAUGGUGGUGGAGAAACACAAGGAGUCCCGUGGCUGGGUGGAGACCCUGAGGCCCAGGUACAACUACUUCAAACCCCCCACAGAGCGCGACCUCGUCUACUACGAAGGCUCGCCCAACUUCUGCGACCCCAACCCCGAGACAGGUUCCUUUGGAACGCGCGAUCGCAUCUGCAACCUGACGUCGCACGGCAUCGACGGCUGCGACCUGCUGUGCUGCGGCCGUGGCCACAACACAAGGACCGAGCGGCGCAAAGAGAAGUGCCACUGCAUCUUCCACUGGUGCUGCUAUGUCAGCUGUCAGGAGUGCGUCAGGGUCUAUGACGUCCACACCUGCAAAUAGCUACAAGUUUUGGGACACAGGGACUUUGGACUGGACGCUUCUGUCCAUGGAAUCUAUCAGGUGGAACACUCAAGUAUGAAACGAUGAGGUGUUGCGGUGCUGAUGUAAUAACACGAUUGUCUCAUACUGACCCACAAAGGACUGCUGGGUAAAUGUCAACACCAUAUUGGUGCUUUUUUAAAUAUUGUCUUUGUCUUCUAUGUAUUUCACUUCCGCAAAGUAACCUAUUCUAUCAAGUCACAAAAAGGAAACA